AUGGGUCGCGCACCCAAGCGCGGUCCAGAGCACUCAGCGAUAUUAUUCUUCGACUGUACAAUCGACAAGUGUAAACAAAGCGAUAUUAGAUAUAUCGGUUCAAUUACCACCAAUAUGAAAAAAGCCAGCACGAGGACGGUAAACAGUGACGUCACGAAGCGUCACAGAGAACCGAUAAAAAGUCGAUUUUAUCCGCAUAAGUUCGGCCAGCUGACUGCGUCCCCCGCGGUACGCACUGAAAAAUCCACGGCGAGAUUUCAGCGCGAGCGAGACAGGUACAGGCGUGUGGCGAGCGCGCGCGAGCGAGACGAGAGCAGCGCUACGCGACGGCGCGGUGGGCGGUCGCCGGCGGAUGAUCUUCUGUGCACUGCUGACUGA